GCUCUUGCCUGGACUGAACUGCGGCGGGGCGGUGGAACUCAAAAAAGUUUGCCCAAUUUAGGCGUACAGGAACCGGCUUUGGGGUUCCGAGAGGCUCUGCGUUUGAUUCUUUUGGGGAGUUAUUCUUUGCAUUUCGCAGUUCAGCCAUGGAGGCUUUGAGAGGUCUCCUUGUGCUGCUGUGCGUCCUCCUGGCCAGAGCGCAAACGCAGAUCCAAAGAUCCAGGACCGCGGAGUGUCCCGUUGACCUUUUCUUCGUGCUGGAUACAUCCGAAAGUGUGGCCCUCAGACAGAAACCUCCCAACUUUUACAUUGACCAGAUCAAGGAAUUCACCAAGCGCUUCAUCGAUGAACUGAGAGACAUGCGCCACCAAUGUGACCGCUACCUGACAUGGAACUCCGGAGCUCUGCACUACAGUGAUGACGUCAUCCUGGUGCGAGAGCUGAGUGACAUGAGCACCGAUCGCCAGGCCCUGAAGAACGACAUCGACACCAUCAAAUACAUCGGCAAAGGAACCUACACCGACUGCGCCAUCAAGAGGGGCCUUGCUGAGCUGCUCAUCGCGGGUUCACACUACCAUGAGAACAAGUACAUUGUGGUGGUGACUGACGGCCAUCCCAUUACUGGGUACAAGGAGCCGUGUGGAGGCGUGCAGGAAGCUGCAAACGAGGCCAGGCUGCACGGGGUGAAGGUGUUCGCCGUCGCCAUCUCGCCCGAUCAGGAGGAUACCAGACUUUCCAUCAUUGCUACUGACCAGAACUACAGGCAGAACUUCACUGCUGCAGACGACUCCAGAGCCACCAAGAUGGGAACCAUUCGAACCAUCAUAGACAUGAUUACAAAUGAGACCAAGGACGUGUGCUGCUCCUUCGACUGCAAUGCUCCAGGAGGCCCUAGAGGACCAGACGGAUCCACCGGUGGCAAGGGAGAAACUGGCCGACCUGGAAUGCCGGGAGAGAAAGGAGAUAUUGGUGAUAUUGGCAGCGUUGGAGAUCCUGGUCCCGUUGGGUACAGCGGAAUGAAGGGAGACCGAGGCGGUAGAGGCGAGAAGGGUGAAAGAGGACACAAAGGCUACAAGGGGGAUAAAGGUCUACGGGGAAACGAUGGAGUUGAUGGACGCAAGGGUGAAGCUGGUUUCCCUGGUCUUCCUGGCUGUAAAGGUUCUCCUGGAUCAGAUGGCCUUCAGGGUGAACCUGGGCCAAAGGGAGACCCUGGUCCUUAUGGACCAAAAGGAGCCAAAGGAGAUUCUGGAGGAGACGGAGAACCAGGAAGGCCUGGAAACUACGGGCCUUUGGGACCUCAGGGUGAGCGUGGCCCCCGUGGAGCUAAUGGGGACAAGGGCGAGCGUGGCGAUGAUGGCGCACCAGGACCAGAUGGACCUCGUGGCGAAAUAGGAUCAGUCGGAGAGAAGGGGGAGCAGGGUACCCGUGGAAACCGAGGACCGAGAGGAGAGCCAGGGGAGCCAGGACCUCGUGGAGAGCAAGGGAGAGAGGGCUCAACUGGCCCCAACGGAGACCCUGGCGAGCCUGGCAGGGCCGGUUCCGCUGGAUACAGAGGAGAUGAAGGCCCACCUGGGCCAGAGGGACCCAAAGGGCCGAGAGGAAUCAAAGGGGCUGCCGGAGACAGAGGCCCGAUCGGACCCCGGGGAGUAGACGGUGUCGCAGGAAAUGGUACUGCAGGUUGUCCAGGCUUCCAGGGCUAUCCUGGGCCCCGUGGAGACUCUGGCGAGCCUGGUGGCAAGGGAACCCCUGGACCCAAAGGAGAUGACGGAGAUCCCGGUGACCCGGGCCCUGACAACAAUCAGCCCGGGCCUCCAGGAUCAAAAGGAGCCAAAGGUCACCGAGGACCUGAGGGAAGAUCGGGACCUCCUGGCCCUCCUGGACCUCCAGGAACUGAUGAAUGUGAAAUUCUGGAUAUCAUCAUGAAGCUCUGCUCUUGUUGUGAGUGUAAAUGUGCAACUCUGGACUUGGCGUUCAUUGUGGACAGCUCGGAGAGCAUCGGUUCUACCAACUUUGCCCUUGCCAAGGACUUUAUCAUCUCCGUUGUGGACAGGUUGAUUAAAGACCAGCAGGUCAAGUUUGCAGGUAAUGAGUCCAGAGUGAGUGUUGUGCAGUACAGCGGCUCAAAAGCCCAAGAGGUCGUCCAACUGGGAAGCAACGUUGCUACACUCACGGAGUUUAAACAGGCUGUGAAAGACCUCAACUGGUUGGCCGAGGCCACUUACACUGGCGAGGCUCUUAACUUCGCUCUGGAGAACACCAUCAAGCUCAUGAGGCAGGAGAACCGAGUCGUUCUUGUUCUCACCGACGGACGCUCCGACAUUCUCAGGGAUAGGGUUCCUCUCAACGUUCUCUGUGGUAAAAACAUCCGGGUGGGAGGCUUGGGCGUGAAGGACUACUCCGGCCGUCAGCCCAACCAGGAGCAGCUUGGAGAUCUGGUGUGCAAAAGUGAUCCUAAGCCAGGAUUUUCCUUUGUCCUGGACAACUUUGCCGAGCUGCUGGAUGACACCUUCCUGCAGAACCUCACAUCCAAAAUCUGUCAAGAUAAGAAGUGCCCGGACUACAAGUGCCCAAUCUCCUUCUCUCAGAAUAACGACAUCCUGGUGAUGAUGGACAGCUCAGCGAGCGUGGGCCAGAAGAACUUUGACUUAAGUAAGACCUUCGUGCAGCGCUUGGCCGAGCGCUUCCUCAACGCGGAGAAGCAGAGAGGCGCCAACGUGCGAGUGGCUCUCGGCCAGUACAGCCGCAGCGCCCGCAUGGAGCAAGCCCUGACGACGAACAUGACCCUGCUGUCUUAUUAUAUCAACGAGAUGGCUUUCCAAAAUGACGGCACCAACGUGCUGGAGGCCAUGGACUUUGCCAUCAAGAACCUACCGAGCCGCGGGGACGCGGCAGGAAACAAGAGGAAGGUGGUGUUGUUCUCCGACGGCAGGUCCCAGGCCGUCACCGAGGCCGUUCUGGAAAAACGCGUUCGCGAGCUGGCGGACGCCGGAUUGGAGCUCUUUGUCAUCGCGGUGGGCAGCCAGGUCAACGAGGUCAACCUGCGCGUGCUGGUGAGCAGGGGGCAGCGCGAUAACAUCAACUACGCCCAGCGCCACCUGUUCCGUGUGGCAGACUACCCCUCCCUGCUUCGCGGGGUCUUCCACCAAACCGUCUCCAGAAGGGUGUCCAUGCCCUGAAGAACAGGAACAACUCCUUAGAUUUUUAGUCCCAUUAUGAAUAGUCACGCAUUUACCAUACACUGUUUUUUUCAAAACAACCGUUUGUGCAGCAGAAAUUGAUCUUUUUUAUUUUUCAUAGACCACCAAGCGGCUGUGAGGGUCAGCUCAUUAGAGCGUAACGGUAAUGAUAACCUAAACCAUGUUUGGAUUGUAAACCAAGGAAAAUUGCUGCCUUUGAGAUCUUAAUCAGGAUAAAGUUCUCCCCAAUGGCAAAAGAUUGGCUACGAUCCAUUUUUUUGUGUUCAUUGUGUAACCCGACUAGUCUGCCCCUGCACAUGCCCAGGGAUCGCACCAGGGUCCGCAGAUGAGAGCAGAGACUAUCUGAUGAGCUAAAGGCCCGAGCUGUUCGCUCGUCAUCCAGCGCUGCUCUACUCUCCUGGUUCGAUCCACAGAUGAGAGUAGAGCAGCGCUAGCUAACGACUUAAAAGCCCGAGCAGUCAACUCAUCGUCCGGCUUUUAUCGGACGAGCUCAAACCCUGAGCUGUCAACUUGUCCAGUGCUGCUCUACUCUCAUCUGUGGACCCUGGUAAGAUCCCGGGCAUGUGCGCAGCACUAGCCAAUGAGCUACAAGCCCCAAAAAGCAGCUCAUCGUCCGGCUUUUAGCCAACGAGAUAAAACCCUGAGCUGUCUAUUUGUUGUCCAGCUCUGGGGUGUGUGCAGCCUAGCCGACGAGCUAAACCCCAGAGCCUCCAGUGUGGCUCUGCUCUCAUCUGUGGACCCUGGUUGGAACCCCGUGCAUGUGCAGGGGUGGAACAGUCGGGUCACAUUGGUGCCGUGACCUGUGUGAAACUGAGGUUUGGGGGCGGUGAGUGUAAGAGAUGCCAGCAGGGAUGGCUGUGCGACACCCUAAAGAGCCGCGCUGGAUGACGAGUUGACAGCUCGGGCUUUUAGCUCGUUGGCUAGCGCUGCUCUACUCUCACGUAUAGACAAGAUUUGAACUACAAUGGUAAUGAAUUUGAUCCGCUAGUGGGCCCCUACACCCUCGAAAUGACUUCACUAGUCCGCCAUGUCAACAUGAGCUUGAGACGUAUUCCUGAGCUGAAACAUGACGUGAAGUCUGUAUUAAAUGACCAACGUGAGGAGGAGGAUGUGACAUCAUGUGACCUCCUAAACAAAUCCCAUCAGCACCUCACCUGUUACUGAUGAGAGCAGCUGGGCUCCACAUGUGCCAUCAUACCUACGUGUGCCUCAUUGUGUCUAUGAUUUACAUGUGUGCGGCGGUGCCUUCGAUACGCUCCUCGGGUGAUUGUUCCAUAAACAAUUCUGCUGGGCCCGGCGGUUGGGAUGACAGAGCGACACAAACCUGCUGUGUAAUUUCUGCGCGGUUUGAGAAGACUCUGUCAAACACACACACGCAUAAACACUCCUUCGUAUUUCAUUAGCGAGUUCGGAAAACAUCUGUCAUGGUUGAAGGCUGGAAAAGAACCUAGCAGGACUUCCCUCACAAAGCCACCCACCUCGUAGAACCCAACCGAGCAUCCAAGGUUCCACACCUUGUGUGCCAUCACCGAGUGGAGGCUGUGCAGUCGUCAUUACCUGUGGUGCUACUAGUCCAGUGUAUCAGCCGUUAGCCAUGUAAAGAAGGAGGACUGUUGAAAGUGAUUCUUCAAUAAAGGUUGCU